AGUCAUAUUUGACAUGACAAGGCACUGGCAGAGAAGAAAGAAAGAUAGUUGCUUGAAAAAUAAAUUCAAUAACUCAUAGCAGAUGAAGAUCUUGAUGAGAUAGGUUUUUCACACUUUACCAAAAUCUCAUCAGUCUCAGCAAUUCUUCAACACACUGGGGAGCUCAGAGGUCUUAUUAAGGAAAUGGACAAAAUUUCUGAUCUGCCAAAGAUAAUCCUCCAUGACAUUCUUUCAAGAUUGCCUUACAAAGAUGCUGCAAGGACCAGUGUUUUGUCCAAGGCUUGGCAUGAAACAUGGUCCUCAUUCCCCAUCUUGGUCUUCCACGGCUUUGACCAAGGCGUGUUCUUGCGCUUUGAGGAUACAAAUGAUCCCCUGAAGAUACAAGAUCACAGAAGGAAAGUCAGCAACUUCCUCAACUCUGUGGACAGAACACUUGUUAGGUUCCACCACCACGGCUUCGCCAUCAAAGAAUUCAGCCUUAGUAUGACGUUCUUCCAUCCUCAGUUCAUGCCACAUCGCGUCGAUCGGUGGAUGAAGAUAGUAGGUGAAAGUAGUAGUAUUCAAGUGCUAAAGCUUAAACUUAAAGUUGUUGACUAUUGCCGUGGAUUUGAGUUUGACUCUGACACGGUUGAUAAUUAUUACUGCUUGCCACCAGAUGUAGUGAAGGCAAAGUCAUUAACUGAAUUAGAGUUGUCAGGGAAGAUUAGAGUGGAUAAAUUGUUUGUAAAUCACAGAAUUAGGUUCCCUAUGUUGCGGAUAUUGUCCUUAAUUGAUGUUUAUUUGGGACAUGAUCAAGCCAUGGAAGAUCUCAUUUCUGGUUGUCCUAUGAUUGAAGACUUGAAAUUGGAGCACUGUGUUGGAUUGGAAAAUGUAAAAGUACAUGAUUUGCCUAAGCUAAAGUCUGCUAAGUUUUAUGGAUUUCGUGAAAUUCAUGUUGAUGUGCCAAGUCUAGAGUAUCUUCAUCUUGGUAAUGACGAAUUAGAGUUCCCUUGUGAUAUCAAUAUAGACAAGUGCAGAAAUUUGAAGGUGCUUCUUUUAGAGGCUGUGAGUUCUGUUUUUGUCUCUAACCAAUGGUUGCUUGAACUUUUUGACAAGUUUCCUUCACUUGAGAGGUUGGAAUUAUGUGGUUGUAUUACAUCUGAGAGCCUAAUGAUCUCCAGUUCUAGGCUCAAGGUUUUGUCCUUCUGGGCUUGCUUAGAGUUGAAGGAAGCUAAGAUCGAUGCACCGAAUUUAGAGUCAUGUAGAUACUUUGGAACUCACAGCCACAUGCCAGCAGCCAUAUCUUUUGUGAACUGUUCAAAUAAGGUGGAAUUUGAUGCUGUCUUCGCAAUCGAAUUUCGUCUGGAUUUGGAAUGGCUUAGGGCAUUUUUCCAGCACAUAGAACCAAGAAAUGUUACCUUGUCUCUUAGAAUCAUGAAAGAUUCAUCUGGACAUACUGCUGGCCUUUUCAAUUUGGGAAAUACCUGUUAUAUGAACUCAACAUUACAAUGUCUCCAUUCUGUGCCAGAGUUGAAGUCAGCUUUGAUUCAGUACUCACAUUCAGGAAGGAACAAUGAUGUUGACCAGUCUUCUCAUCUGUUGACAGUUGCUACCCGUGACUUAUUCAAUGAGCUUGAUAAAAGUGUCAAGCCUGUGGCGCCAAUGCAAUUUUGGAUGUUAUUGAGGAAGAAGUACCCUCAAUUUGGCCAGCUGCAUAAUGGAGUGUUCAUGCAACAGGAUGCUGAAGAAUGUUGGACACAACUUCUAUAUACACUUUCUCAGUCUCUAAGAUCUAAUGGAUCUAGGUAAUUUUGCCCUUGCUUUUCAGUAACUAAAUGCAAUUGCUGCAAUUCUUGUAACCAUAUUUAUUUGUGACGAAGGUCAACUUGUAAAAAUUUAGAUUUUAUCUAGAAUCAGAAGUUGUAAAAUUGUAAAUUGUAGAAUUGUGACACAGAUGGAAAACAUGAAUAAUAAAUGAACAAAAUAUUACAUUUUUAUACAAGAUAUCAUAAAUAAUCACGUUUGACAUGAUUAAACUUGAAAUAAAAUGCACAAUUCUUCAUUAAUAAUUCCAUUGUCACAUAGCUUUCAACACAGGUAAUAAAACAGAAAUAUAUAAUUAUCCAACAAAUUAUCACUUAAAAAUAAGGAGUUAGGAG